AUGCUUGCUGCAGGGGUCGGAGGUCAGGGCGAGCGUCUCGCGGGCCGUAGGAGCAAGAUGGCGGUGGAAUCGCGCGUUACCCAGGAGGAAAUUAAGAAGGAGCCAGAGAAGUCAAUCGACCGCGAGAAGACAUGCCCGCUGCUGCUGCGGGUCUUCACCACCAAUAACGGCCGCCACCACCGAAUGGACCAGUUCUCCCGGGGAAACGUACCGUCCAGCGAGUUGCAGAUCUACACUUGGAUGGAUGCAACCUUGAAAGAACUGACAAGCUUAGUAAAAGAAGUCUACCCAGAAGCUAGAAAGAAGGGCACUCACUUCAAUUUUGCAAUCGUUUUUACAGAUGUUAAAAGACCUGGCUAUCGAGUUAAGGAGAUUGGCAGCACCAUGUCUGGCAGAAAGGGGACUGAUGAUUCCAUGACGCUGCAGUCGCAGAAGUUCCAGAUAGGAGAUUACCUGGACAUAGCAAUCACCCCUCCAAAUCGGGCACCCCCUCCUUCAGGGCGCAUGAGACCAUAUUAAAUUAUUUCUUGAACUUA